CCCCCGCUCGGACGCGAACGAUGCAGGCGGGGUGUAGACGUUUGCCAGGCCAGAGUUUCCGUAUGUUCACGUCUGUCUAGAUUAUAAAAACGCUCAACGAAAAGGGAGUCUUUCUAACUUCGGUCAGAGUGAAAAAAAGAGGAUGGAAGACCGGAAUUUACUUCAGAAUAUUCGUAAACCACCCAAACUCAGCACACCUGUUCUAAUAAUCUCCAAACUCAUUGUGAUCGCCCUGCCCAUCGCUCAGAUAUCAAUUGGUGCAAUAUAUCGGAAUGACUGUAAAAAGCAGCCCUAUAUUCCCAUUUAUCUGCUGGUGUCCGGUGUGUUUGCGCUGGUGUUGGGCAUGCUGUCUUGCCUUCCAUGCUCUCAGGAGCCAGAAGAAGGAACUCAAACUCCUCUGAGCAGUCUUUGCACUGCCUGGAACUCACUGGUGUCGCUCUUCCUCUUCUGCUGGUUCAUCGCUGGUAACGUGUGGAUCUACUCCAUUUAUCAGCCUGAUUAUAGCCCUAGCUCAGAAAAGUAUUGCAAUAAGACGCUGUAUCUGUUUGCUUUCUGGACCACCACACUGGUCUAUAUCCUGCUGGGCAUCAUCUUCUUAGGAGGUUGCUGUAUGUUAUUCUGCUUGUGUUUGUUUGGAAGUCAGGGAUUAAGUAGAAACGUGGAUGAUGAUGUGUGAGUGACAAACAGUCAACACUGAUGUUACAAAGUUUAUUCUUCUGUGCACUUAAGCAGUUUCAGGGCUGCUAAGUUUUUUGCUCUGGCACUAAUUAGAUUUACUGGCACUUCUUGGGUCAAAUAUGAGCUUUUGCACUUUUGAUUAUAGGCCAUUGGCAGUGAUGUAACUUAAGGUCCUGUUUAUGCAUCGACGGGUGAAAACUCUUAAUUGCAUGUACUGGAUUUUGCACAUGUUGUUAAAUGCUCAUUAAAGAAGAAAACAUUUACAAAAUCAUAUAAAAGAUCAUGUUACCCAUUAUUCAGUUUGUUCAUUUGGUCAAAUUGUUUUUGUAUAAUCACCGCUUACUGUAACUGUAAAACUCUGUUUUCCUAGCCAACAAAUUUCAUAGAUGUACUAGUUUCAUGUCUUUUUAUAUUAUUCCUUGUACUUCACACACAAUAAAAUAAUUCCAACU